AUGAAAAUCCCUCCAAAAGGUUUUGUUUUAGGAGUUACACUUUGGGUGCUAUUGUUCUCAAAACCUUGUCUCACAGUGUUCGUAAGCAUUGAUUGUGGAUCCUCACAAUCUUCCACUGAUGAAAACAACAUAAGAUGGAUUGGAGAUGAUGACUACAUUCAGCAUGGAGAGUCUCAUCAGGUUUAUCUUGGUUCUAACCCAUUGAGCACUCUGAGGGUGUUCCCAGGUAGAAAAAAGAGUUGCUAUUCCAUCAGAGUUGGAAAAGGAGAAAAAAUUCUUACUAGAGCAAGCUUUUACUAUGGCAAUUAUGACGACAAAUUCUCUCCACCAGUGUUUGAUCUUCAGUUUGAUGGAAACUACUGGGCCACUGUCAACAGCUCAAAUUACUAUUAUGUUGAUUAUGAAGCAAUAUAUGUAGCAAAGGGAAACUUCACCAGCAUAUGUGUUGCUCAAACAAAGCCUAACCAGUUUCCCUUCAUAUCAUCCCUUGAAGUACGUAGCUUGGACCCCACAAUGUACAGUCACGUUGAUCCAAAUCAUGCAUUGAUUUUGCAAUGGAGAUAUGCCUUUGGUGGAAAUCAAACUAUUAGGUACCCAGAUGAUGCUUUUGAUCGAAUAUGGGCGCCAUCAUAUGGUAUAGGCCUUUCUGAAGUGAAAAGUGAGGCUUCAGGCAUUGACAGUAACACAGCAGAAGAUCAUCCACCACAAGCUGCACUUGAAAAUGCUGUUAUUUCCUCAAGCACUACACAAUACAUGCAGUUCAUCAAUAGGCUGUCCACAGAGGAGCUUCCUAUUUACAUCACUUCUUACUUCUCAGAAGUGAAUGAAAGUGCAGUUGGCAAAAGAUCCAUUCAGAUGUACAUAGACAACAAGCCCUUUUUAAGUCCAAUAGUUCCUCCUUUUGGAAGUGUGAAAGAAGUGUUCAUCACCAACAUGACAGCUUCAGCCAAGACUUCAUUUACUCUGCAAGCUUCAGACACCUCCACCCUUCCUCCUUUACUCAAUGCUCUUGAAGUUUAUACCUUAAGUGAUACAUUAACUGCAGGAACUGAUAGCAGAGAUGGUAAGUGUGUUCUGUUGUUACCAAAAUAUGUAUAUAUCUCUAUAGGGAGCACAUAA